AUGCAUGGAGUCGCGCGAUUCGUCCCGCCGUCUGGGCUCGCGUCGUCGCGCCCGCGGCUUCCAAAUCAUCGACGUCAUCACUCCGCGACGCCGCGCUCGAGCACGAUGUUCGCCCGAACGACCCAACCGCUCGCGUCACCGACGUCGAGGACGCGCAAAAACACGCGUCGGUCGACGAAAAUCGACGCGCUGUUCAAGAAGAAGGCGCCGCCGCCGCCGCCGCCGCCGCCGCCAAAGAAAUCUUUCUUUAGCUUUGGCGCUAAAAAAUCUGAACCUCCGCCGCCGCCGCCGCCGCCGACGCGGGCGACGAUGGGAUUCGGAUUCGGACGAAAGGCGCGAAGCGAGAGCACCGCCGCGCCGGUCCGGGACGUGGAGUACGUGCGCGAGGAAUCGAAAUCGGAGGCGUACGCGCGGAUUCGUAAAGCCAGAGAACGCUCGCGCAAGGAAUUCGAGGCGAAGGAGCGAGGCGGGGUGUCGUACGCGUUAUUCUCCGUCGCUCGAGCGUUAGAUUUUCAAGAGGAUAUUGAAAGUGAUCGUGGGUUGCUGAACGCGGCGAGGAGGAUGCGGAACGGGGAUAAGAUGUCCACCGAGCAAUACGGCGCGUUGCGAAGAAAGGUUGGCGGGACGAAAGGCGGCUUCUUCGGCGAGAACGUUGACGUCGUGGGUGCGUACACGGAUAAAGGAUACGUAGAUAAGGAUGACGUCGGAACCGAUAUCGUAGGGGCGCCGUUCUUGGCGGCGGUCUUACUCGGCGUGCUCGGCACCACGAUUUGGGUCGCGGUUCAGGUUCCGUGA